CCAUUUUCAUUAUUACUUAUAUCCAUUACCAGAGGAAUUAAACUUCCCUCCUACUUUCUUCAAUUAGCAAGUCAAUGUAAACUCCUAAAAUAUUGUCCCUGAUGAGCUCAAAGUUGGUUGACUUUGAAUGAAAAAAAUACUUAAAAGUAUUUCUGCUCUUAGUUUUUAAUAUGUGAUUAUUACCAUGAGUUCCAUCACGCUUGUGUGCAUUGCUGCAUCAAGCGGUGUGCCUUUGAUCAUUCGGCAUCGGGGUGCUGGCAAGCCUCCACCUUUUAAUGUUGUUGGUUCCCUCAAUGGAGUCUACAUGUUUGGGGAGUCUCAAGGAACUCAAAUUCUUGAAACAAAAACACCUUUCUCAGCCAUCACGUGGAAAACCUACCAUGACAGCAUUCGCCUGAUGCUUCUUCAUGGAGAAGAAACUUCCAGCAUUGCACCAGAAAAAAGGACCAGCAAAACUAUUCUUCAGUCUCAGUGCCUCCUGGGAGGAAGGCCAGAUGAACGUUUCUUGGACCUACUCUUUGACUCCCUUGUGCUGCUGCUGAGCAUUGAUGCUCUUGUCAACAUUACCAGUAUUGAGAGGCUCAAGAAAGAUAUGAAGGUGUGCAACCCACUUCUGGACGUGCUGCUGGAGCGGUGUAUAUCAGAAACCAACUGGAGAGGCGCCCAGAGCAUGGGGCCUGGACCUCUAUUCUCGCACCUCGUCUUGUGUGCUGACACCGUCCUACCUCCUGACAAUUAUAAUCUCCAGAACGAGGUGCAGAAAUGGAGUGAAGUGGAGUGCAGCAGCAGCUACGCAUGUCUACUGAGCAGCUGUGGCCGGGUGCUGGCGGGCUCUAGAUCCUAUUGGUCCCUCUCGAGCUCAGAGCUCGUACUGCUGCCGUUGCUGCUGCUCACCACGGCCGCUCCCAACACUGCCAGAGAUGUGCCUGUCUAUCUCCCCAAUAAAAGUCCUAAGGUUCCUUUCCGUCUACUGGGAGUGAAGUUGACGAGCAUGGUGUGGUGCGCAUCGCUGGCGGGCCCCACGCCAUCUCUUGCUCACGUGCUGCGCUCUGCUGCCCUCUUCUGGAGUCCGUAUUAUGCUGGCAUAGAGACGCUGGCUGCCACGCAGCCCUACAACAUCACUGCAGCUGUCAAGCAGACUCUUGAUAAGGCCGUCUUGGGGCUGCUGGUGAUCAACCAGGAGAGCAAGAGGUGCGUGUCUUGCGUGCAUUUAGGAAACUCGGGCCGCAGCAGGACGGACAUCACCCCUCCUGCUGCUAACGAUGCAACCAGCGAUGCAUCAUCGUCUAAAUCCAAGAAACCUUCGUCUCCUGCACCACCUCCUUCCCACACAAGCACGCUACGUUCCAGUGCUGCAGGCAGCGGUCAGGCUGUUCACACAUACCAGACCGCUGAGGCCACCAUCACCUCAGUCACUGACAGAACCACUACCAGCCACUCACGGGCGCUUAGUCCAUCUUGUAGACCUCUUAGUCCUUCACGAGCUCAAAGCCCUCCACUCACAAUGACCCGACCAGCCAGAGCUAAGUCUCCUGGUGCCGGGAGAAGAAGCAGAUCUCCUGGGCGAAGAAAGUCUAAUGAAUCUGCAAGUUUCCGAGUUAAAUCUCCCGUGAGAGCAAAAUCUCCUGGCAAAUCGCUGUCUGGAACGCUGAGGAGCCGCAACGGAAGCUCUAAUGUUGGUAUGACCAUCACGCCUGCCUUCAAGACUGCGGUGCUGGCAAGCACUUUCAGAAGCCUCGCUCCUUUGUUCGCGCAACGCUCAUCUUCUGUUGGCCGUCAUCCUGCCACACCAACUGGCGACUCGUCGCACAGCAUUAAAGAGACGUACGUCUGGUGCGGAGCAUGUCGAGUGUACGUCAUCGUGUCAUCACCUCUCUUGCUACUGGUGUUGCUGCCGUCCACAUUACCACAUCCUCUCGCUAGGGCUGUGAGCUACAAAACCCUGGACGUUUUUCUCAAGAACAAGUCGACGAAACUGUGAGGUACAAGAUAUCAUAAAGAGAUUAUUAGAAAACUAUACUUUUUUUAUUAUCUGAUUUCUGAAUUUUGAAAAAAUUGUUACUAAUUAAAGACCACGUGCGUGAAAGGGAAAUAAAAAUGGGAAAUUUUCCAAGUAGGAUUCUUGUGUCCGAAUGUAGAUGACUUAUCUUGUCGUAGGAUAUGAAAAAAGUACUCGUUAGCAUUAGUAUAAUGAGAUUCGGUGGAAAAUUCCUACAUAAUUAGAAUUUUUGCCUCGUGACAAACUUGGCAUUUGUCAACAAUUAAUUGUCCCUUUCACUUGAGGUUAAAAUAUCUCUGAAUGAGCGCUGCUAUGGUACAUGGUCGCGUUGUCGCGGCCUCUUGAUCACCAGAAGCUGCCAGAAGCGUUCCCUCCAGGUGGUUGGUUGACUUUAACUGAAGAUCUUGCAUAGGAAGCUGUCGCUGGAAUGAUGAAAUUACAGUAUUAAACGCAGAAGCAGCAGUAAUAUUAGCAGCACAAUUGAUCGUAGGGACUUUAUCGCGAGUGAAUGCAGCCACUUAACAUGAACAAUAAUUACUCUGCUGUGAAUGUAGCCACUUAACAUGAACAAUUCCUUUGCAUAAAUGUAUUGAUUACCUUUCACGGACUGCGGCUCUAUCUCCGUUAUCGUCCCGUCGUUAGAGGCGUCAUUGGCCACGUACACGGGGCCGGUGUAAGGCUCUCGCUCCACCUGUACAGUAAGGGUGCGCCUCAAUAGAUUACUCACUGUAAUACUGGUUAUUUAUUAUAGUUAUACUGGUACUGGCGGCUUCCAGUGAAGUGAAGCUGUUCAUUUAACUGUCGCUGUUUUUGAAGAUUCAUGAUGCAGCACCUUAUACGUAACGAAAAAUAAAGCUUUUGUAUACAUUAUAAUUUUAGAAAAAGUUUCGCAAGUUUUUCAGUGAUGUCAAUGAUUAAUUUUCGGUAUAUGUAUUUUAUGAGACAUGACACUGUGCAAUAUUUUACGGGAUAUUUUUUCCGUUGCAUAAUAGGCUUUACAUAAUUGUAAGUAGUUUAUAAAAUUAAUAAUAAUGUUCAUAACACUUGAUAUUCAAGUGAAGCCAAAUAUCAGUUGAGCCAUGAUGUGCCUGCAGUAAUUUUGUAAGUGCGUAAUUGUUUGUUUAUUGUUCGUGUGAUCAGAUAGCAUAUUGUUACAUUUUUGUACAGCCGUCAUCAGCUGCAUUUGAUGGUAAAUGAAUACCUCUUAUUAUUUAUUAACAAUAUAAUAGCACGAAAGAAUUGUUUGGAAGAUCCUAAGGCAUACCAGAAAAUGUUGGAUUUUGAAUUUAGAUAAUUAUUUGUCUUGCCUUUGGUUAUUAUUAUUUUGAAGAAUAUUGUUCCCGGAAUUUAGAAUAAACAUGGCAUCUUAAAACUAACCGUAACGAGUUAAAAGAGGGUUUAUUGUAACUAAUCCGUCCUAAUGAUCGCCGAGCCGUAUUGUGUAAGCCAUUGUUUGAUUGUUAAUAGCAUUAAGCAUCGUGCCAGGUCGUUAAUAUUUACUCAUGACAUUCUCUACACCUCUCAUUAAGUAAACAUUUUUACCAAUAAACCUAGCUAAACUGA